AUGGCAUACAAUAAUCCAUUCUUAUCAAUGAUAAUUGAUUUAGAUGUAAUUGAUGAUUUAGUGUGUAAAAGUUUUAAUGAGAAUGAAAUUUUGAAAAUGAUGGAAUUUGAAGAAAAUCUUUUUUUUCCUUUUGACAAUGUUAACAAUUAUAUUAAGGAUUUGGUGAGUGAGAAAGAGAUGACACAACAAUCACAAUUAUACAAUGAUGAUGAAAAAAUACAAAUAUCUUCGAUUAACAGGCUUUAUUAUUAUUUUGUUAAAAUCUGGAAAAGAAAAGAAUAUGAUAAUAGAAUUGAUAAUGAUGGAAUGAUAUCUGAAGUAACAUUUUUACAUGAUGUAGUUGAUAAGAUU